AUGGGUGGACUAAAUGAUUCUGUGGUCACUGAGUUUGUAUUACUGGCCCUUUCUUGUUCUUGGGAGAAAAAAGUUUUUCUCACAUUGAUAUGUUCUUUGCUCUAUUUAGGGGUCAUCUUGGGAAACCUUUUAAUUUUGUUUUUGGUAAUUUUUGACUCUCACUUACAUUCUCCUAUGUACUUCCUACUUGUGAAUCUGUCCCUCAUUGACGUGGGUCUUUCCUCUACCACCAUCCCCAAGAUCAUCACAGACCUUUUAAAUGAAGACAAAGUAAUAUCCUUCCAAAGUUGUAUGACACAGAUAUGUUUCAUUCAUACGAUAGGAGGAGCGGAGAUGGUAUUACUCAUAGCCAUGGCAUUUGACAGGUGCACAGCAAUCUGCAAGCCUCUUCACUACUUGAAAAUCAUGAAUCCUAAAACAUGUGUUUCAUUUGUAAUCACUGGCUGGGUAACUGGGGUGGUCCAUGCUAUGUCUCAGUUCUUAUUUGUUAUAAAGUUGCCAUUUUGUGGGCCUAAUAAAGUGGACAGCUUUUAUUGCGACUUUCCUAAGAUUAUAAAACUUGCAUGCACAGAUGGAGCCGAACUUGAGUUUAUCGUUACUGCCAACAGUGGCUUCAUGAGUAUGGGCACCUUCUUCCUGCUAAUCCUUUCCUAUUCCUUCAUUUUGAUCACUGUCUGGAAACGUUCUUCAAGAGACCUAUCCAAGGCAUUUGUCACUUUGUCAUCUCACAUCACUGUGGUCUUUUUGUUUUUCACUCCAUGCAUGUUUCUCUAUGUCUGGCCUUCUGCUCCACCAUCACUUGAUAAAAAUCUGUUCAUUGUUGACUUUGCUAUUACUCCUGUCUUGAAUCCUGCCAUCUACACAUUGAGGAACAAAGACAUUAAGGUAGCAAUAAAAAGAUUGUGUAAAAAGAUAUCUUACUCUAGAUUUUGUUAA